AUGAGCCUUCCACCGACUUCCUCCUCUCGCGCCGCCCUGCCUAUCACCCACCGUCUCGUUGGCACCGAAAACUACGACGACUGGUUCCUCGAACUCACGUCGAUUAUCCUCCCUGGUGAAGCGUUGGACUCCAUGGCCACGCAAUGCACCGAGAGCGACGUCAGGCGCAUCCGCCAUCAUCUCGAUGCAGCGUCCAACGUCCAACUUGGCACCACCACCCCAUCUCCCCUUACGCUGGACACCCACAAGGUCGUGUUAAUUGAGUGGCUCUCGAUCAACCGUUCCACGAACGAGGUGCUCGUGAAGACGAUCCGAGCGGACAUCGACGAGGAUCAGGAGCACGCCACGGCGAUCUCCGUGUAUCAACGCCUCCACGAGUUCAAGUUCCGACCUCAUGCGUCCCUGGAUGCGAAUCUCCAGGCAUUCGACAAGCUGCGCACGGCGGUGGAAAAGCUGGAAGGGCAUCCCCUCAGCGAUAGCCACCUCGCUUCCGCGCUCUUGGCGGCGCUGCCUUCCGGCAUCAUGCAGGAUUACUACAUGUGGCUCGGCCCGAAACCGAGUAUCCCAUACCAGGAUAUGCUCCGCCUGCUCGAGCAGCACUGGCCGGACUUGACACUCAAGUAUCCGUCGAUCCUCGGGCCCGAACCGACAGCCCUCGCUGACGGCUACGGACAAGCGGCAGCCGCACCCUGGGGGGCCCAAGGCCAAGACCCCAUGGCAAAUUGGUGUGGCUACUGCCUGUCCUCAUGCAGCCACUCGACGUUCACCUGUACGAAGUUUUUCCGGGCGUUCCACCAGAACGCGGAUGGGCUGCCAUCCCACCUGGCGAACUACCCCCCAGUGGUGGUGGUCGACGAACUCAAGGCGGACCCAGCGGCCACCGCGGUGGCAAACGCCACGGCAAAGGCGGCGGGCGUGGUGGAGGAACCGGGACACGCUUUCUCAACAUCAUUCGCCAAGGCUAUGCAUCCAGUGGCCCACCAGGUCACGCACCAAGCGGUCCACCAGGCUACGCCCCAGGCGGCCGUCCAGGCUACGCCAGCAUGGGACAAGGCGGUCAUUCCGGCUACGCCAGUUUCAAUCACGGCGAUUAUCGCGACGAUCAACGCGGCCGUAGCCCGUUUCGUCAGUAGGCCUCCCGCUAUCGUAGUUGCUCCGGCGACCGGUACCGCGACUACCGCGAAGACCGCGGGCACUAUCGCGACGACCGCGGGUAUUACCGCGACGACCGCGUACCUUAUCGCGACGACCGCGGACCUUAUCGCCCUGACAGCGGCACCAACCAAGAUGACCGGCACUACCGUAGCCGCAGUCACUCCAUGUACGACGACCGGCGCCAUCGUAGCCGCAGCCGUAGCGCGCCGCCGGUCGACCAAGGCUACGCCUAACAGGCCUCCACCCCCCAGCGUAGCCAAAGCCGCAGCGCGUCGCGCGGCUCUACCCGAACGUUAG